GGGUUCCGGCUGUCAGUGACCCGAGAGGAUCUCAUAGUAUUCAAUGUCUGUCUGUCUGUGGAGGGGAGGAGGAUGGCCGUGCUGGACAGACUGACAUUCCUACAGCAGCUGCCCAUCCUGUUAAAAGGAACCUCUGAUGACGACAAUCCAUGCCCUGGGUACCUGUAUGAGGAAAUUGCCAAGAUUUCCCACGAGUCUCCUGGAAGCUGUCGUUGUCUCCUGGAAUAUCUGCUGAACCGUCUGCAGAGCAGCUCCUGCCAUGUGAAGCUGAAGGUGCUGAAAAUCCUCCUAUAUCUCUGCACACUGGGAUCAGCCCAGUUUGUCCAGGAUCUCAGAAGAAAUGCUUCAUUUAUCCAGGAAGCGGCAGCUGUCGGUGGCCCCCCGGAUCCUCUUCAUGGUGUAAGCUUGUACCAGAAGGUCCGAGCUACAGCACAGGAUGUCGUGGGCAGCUUGUACUCUGAUGCCUCUUCUCGCUCUAUACCUGUGGUGACAUUUAGGGAGACGCCCCAUGCAGGCAUGGGCACUCAGACCUUACACCCACUGGCUAUGCAGGGCUUUGGAUAUUCCCAGGAGAAACCAGAUCUGGGUGUGUCUAGCGACACAUUACUCGGCGGCAUACAGCGAGCAGCUGUAAAAGUGACGCAGGCAGUGUUAGCCGGAUCGGCGUCAGCCUCUCCCUGCAUCAGUGGGCAGGCCGAUGACUCCUACAAACCAGUCACAGUGCCCACAGAGAACUGGAAGCCCUCUGGCGUAACGUCUCCACUGGCACACAGUGUUCGAGUUACUCAUCGCACCGGAGUUCCUGGAGGUGGAUGGGAUGAGACGGACAGUGGACACAGUUCCCAGGAGUCCUCGCACGGAAAGUCCUCUCAGAGCCAGUCGUCUGAAGCUGGUAGCAAAUCGGGAAGUGAUGGCCAAUCAAAAAGCAACAACCGAGAAAACUCAGAGACCACUGACAGGGUGGAACACACGCACCUUGGGGACUGUGUGCAGGAGGCUCAGCUGGUCUGGGCGAUAACGAGAGGAAACAAAGUAUUUCUUACCCAAGAAGAGAUGCAGCACUUUGUGAGAGGGUGUUCGAUGUUGAAUUGCGAAGUGGUUUUUGAGAUGUUAAACCAUUCACUCUUGGAUGACGGUACAUGCGUCAAGCUGAGAUCCAUGUGUGCCAUGUCUUCUCUUAUGACCUCUGACCUCCUGUCACAUGACCACAUGUUAGCAGUGGUCCGGCAAAAUCUGCAGAAGUUAAGUGGUGGUUCUCCUGGACCAGUAACACACAAAGCUACCAAGAUCCUGCGGCAGUUUGAGGCACUUACCCAGACUUCCUCUGGGCAAAGGGCUGCAAAUCAAAUUACAGUCGCUACUCCACCUCCGUGUCCAACAGAUAUACUGAGCCACGUUAACCCUUGGCCAGAAGAGGAGGGAAUUCUGCAACCAGUUAGUGUCCCUUCUUCACCGACCCCUGCAUCAGUGGGAACAAUUCCUGAUGUAAAUGGGGUCAUAAGGAAAAUAGAACCCGAGGAAGACUCACAAAGUGUGUGUCCUUUAGAGUUAAAUGGACAAAGUGCGGUGCAGGGCUGUGUAUCCCUCUUUGAUGGCAUGGAGAUAGUUCACCCACUAGGAAAUACUGACCUUGUGGACUUAUUAAAAAACCAAUCGGCUACAAUCAUAGGAGUCAGAGACAGAAGAACAUCUGAAGCUGUGGAUUCAAGGCUCCAUUCCUCCUCUGUCUUCUCCUUUUUGAACUCCUGAGGUUAUAACAGCAAAUCUAUACUUGUACAAUGUUUAGCUCAUGGACUUGGCUGAUUAUCUCAGAGAUACAAAUUUAACUUUAACUUGAGUUUAGCCGCUUCCAACCGCAGCUGUCAGAUUUAAAGCUUCAGAGAGAUGGAAUCUGAUGGGAGUUGAUGCAAACUAACAGCUGCGGGAACAAUGCCAAAAUGUAAUUUCCAGUUACAGUAUUUGAAACACGCGAUGUCCCGUUUUUAAAAUAAGUUUAUAUAACUUCAUCCAAUCACUGGUAACAAUCUGCUGGUAAUUCACGUCAAACCUUCUAGUAUAAUUUAAUGGGUUUAAGAACAUUGAGAUCAUGGAACACACAGGUUAAAGAACAGAUUGUAGACAUAAAUCCCUUUUAUUCUCAGCUGGAUGCUGUCCAUUAAAUUGCAGGAGCAGUAAAGGCUGCUUGUAUAGCCGACUCAGGAUUAUUCAGUAAAAUGGGAAUUAUUGGGAAUUCGAUAACCAAAUAGAUAUUUGGCUGAAAAUUUCAAAUUUCACAUUGAAUUCCUGUGUGGUCACACUUUACUGAAUAGCCGGUCUUUUCUGCAUUAGCCGAUCCCUUACUGAAAAAUAAGUAAAUCAUUAUUCCACAUUACCGAUUUAAUUACAGAGUAUCUGCACAUCUAAUAAUGUAAAUGGGAUUAUUUAAUAAACUGAAUUUUGUGGAGAAUUGACAUGGAAUUUGUAGGAUAAAAAUAAAAGAAAUAUAAAAUAUUU